GCCCCCUCCCCCCUCCCCGCUCGCUCCGCCGCCUGCGGCCGCUCCCGCCGCCCCGGCCAUGGCCAGGGACUACGAUCACCUCUUCAAGCUGCUCAUCAUCGGCGACAGCGGUGUGGGCAAGAGCAGUUUGCUGUUGCGUUUUGCAGAUAAUACGUUCUCAGGCAGCUACAUUACCACAAUUGGAGUGGAUUUUAAAAUCCGGACAGUUGAGAUCAAUGGAGAGAAGGUGAAGCUACAGAUCUGGGACACAGCUGGACAAGAGCGCUUCCGGACUAUUACAUCAACGUAUUACAGAGGAACACAUGGGGUCAUUGUUGUCUAUGAUGUAACGAGCGCAGAAUCUUUUGUGAAUGUGAAACGGUGGUUGCAUGAAAUUAAUCAAAAUUGUGAUGAUGUCUGCCGGAUACUAGUGGGGAAUAAGAAUGAUGACCCAGAGCGAAAAGUGGUAGAAACAGAAGAUGCCUAUAAAUUUGCUGGGCAGAUGGAGAUCCAAUUGUUUGAGACCAGCGCCAAAGAAAAUAUUAAUGUGGAAGAGAUGUUUAAUUGCAUUACAGAGCUAGUCCUGCGAGCAAAGAAAGAAAACUUAGCAAAGCAGCAACAGCAGCAACAGAAUGAUGUGGUGAAGCUAACGAAGAACAGUAAAAGGAAGAAGCGGUGCUGCUAAUGCCCUUUCCCUGCUGCAGAGACUCUGCUCUCAGACAGAUCAGCCCCUCCAGCUAGACUCGGGCAAUUCCACUGGGGCAGGCUUUGGGAGGACUUUCUCAGUUUUGUGCCGUUAUUUAAAGAUUAUUUUUUCUCCAUGUUUUCUAUCAAGAGGCGCUGGCACCUUACCACUUCAGUGCCAAGAAGGUAUCGGAUGGAAUCUUGCCCCCCUCUCCUCCCCUGCUCAUUCCAGUGCGCCUUGUAGACAAGAAGGACGUUGCCUACCAAGUGGACUAAUUAACCCAAGAGUUUGUAUAUAAUGUAUAUUGCUUUAACCAGCCUCGCCUCCCUGUUGUCGCUUUGGCUUAUGCCUUCUUAAUGUCAACCAAUCAUGGACUGCAGAGUUCAUCUUUUUAAAAAAAUAGUACAAAGUUCUUAAUUUGAGUUGGCCCCAGGCUGGCAGCAACUGCUUCCUGGGGCCUCUGGCUUCAUUUCUGUUGGGCUCCGGGCUGGCAACUGGUGCCCCUGGGCCCUAUGGCUUCACCUGGAGUUCCAGGCUUUUACUGGGGCUCAGGCUUUGUUUUUCUAGGUACCAGGAUUGCAGGUGUUGCUGCUGGAGCCUGGGGUUUCACUUCACCAGCCCCUGGGCUGGCAGCUGGUGCUGCUGCUGGGGCCUUGAAUUUCAGUUUGCCAUGAUCCAGAUUUGCGGCUGGGUCCUUGGGUUUCGCCUUCUUGUGCUGCAGCCCAGCUGUACCUGUGCUCUCCUUUAGUUUGUAUCAAGAUACUGAAAAACAAACUGACCUGCAGAAGUGGAAUUUAUUUGGAUAAAACUUUUUUUAAAAAAAAAAAGCAAAGUUUAACUCCUUUGACCUCUGCUUCUGGUUCUGCCAGGGUCCUAAGUGAGGGUCCAUUUCUUUUGAGAACAACAAAAACCAUGUGAUUCUGCCAAAAAACCCAAACUUCUCGUUGCCCUGUCCACAAAUAGGCAAUCUGAACUUGAAUGUGAAUUUUGGUGGCAAAGCUUUUGUUUUUGAGAGAGAAAAGGCAUGAAAAUAAAUCCAGCUGUUCUGGAUUGAUGUCUGAAUGUGAAAGCUGCUGCAGGAUCAUUCCCAGGAUUCUUCUGUUAGAAAGGAGGACUGCUGUUUAAUGUAAAGAAAUGGAAAGCUUGCAUGCUUGGGUUAUGUGGUGGUGGAGGAUCAGCCUUGGAAGCAAACUGGUCUCGCUGUGCUCAGCAACGUUUUCCUGGCCCUUGUUGGCUUUUCUGGGAAAACAAGGGCUCAGUUCGUCAGCCUGAAUAGAUGUAGUUAAAGGUGGAGAGUGUAUGUGCGUGUAACUAAAAUAUCAAAUGUCUGGGCUGAAAGUACAUGCUCAGCACCUGAAUAAUUGCCUAAAUAAUAAUAAAAAAAUAAUUUUUCUUUAAAAUGACUAAAAGGCAUGGAGGGUAUGACUUCCUUUAAGACCUUGAAGGUGGACGUACUCAGUUUGUCAGUAAGUGGCCCUAUGGAAUUGCUGGCCUUAGUUUGGUAGGAUAUGAUUCACCAAUGUCCAUGAGCUUUGAAUCAGCCCACUUCUCUCCCUUCCUCCCCCUCCCCCAGGAGAGGCUAAAUUUUAGUCACUUAUUUUGCCUGCAUUUUUUUAGAUUUUACGGGUUGUGGUAAGAGCCCUAAUCAUACAAUCACAUCACAAUCAAUCACUUUAAAGACUUUUUAAAAAAUGCAAACAAUGAAUGUGUAACACAUGGGUUUUUUUAAUCAGUUCAGGUGCUGGGAGUAUGUAUCCAGCUGCCUUCACCCAUCUCUUUUCUUCACAUAUCUUUCAUUGGUAACCCAAGAAUAAGAAUGAGCUGGGAUGAUACUGCUAGCG